CCCGGGCCCCCGCCCGCCCCGGCCCUCCCCCUCGCCUGCCCCCCGUUGUCCCCCGACCGCCGGAACCCUCAGCCGGAGCCCGUCAGCCCGGCCGCAGAGGUUCCUGCCUAAAGACCAGCUGGGUACCCUCUCUGACCCUCCACAUCACCAUGCACUCCUUGGACGAGCCGCUUGACCUAAAGCUGAGCAUCACCAAGCUCCGGGCGGCGAGAGAGAAGCAGGAAAGGACACUGGGUGUGGUCCGGCAUCAUACUUUGCAUAGGGAGUUGGGUCUGGUGGACGAUAGCCCCACGCCUGGCUCCCCAGGCUCCCCCCCACCAGGCUUCCUGCUGAACCCCAAGUUCCCUGAGAAGGUAGAUGGACGCUUUUCUACAGCCCCCCUGGUGGACCUCAGCUUAUCACCACCGUCUGGACUGGACUCCCCAAAUGGCAGCAGCUCCCUGUCCCCUGAGCGCCAGGGCAAUGGUGACCUGCCGCCAUUGCCUACUGCUGUGGAUUUCCAACCACUUCGCUAUUUGGAUGGUGUCCCCAGUUCUUUCCAGUUCUUCUUGCCCCUGGGCUCUGGGGGAGCUCUGCACCUACCUGCUUCCUCCUUCCUCACACCCCCCAAGGACAAGUGCCUCUCACCAGAGCUGCCCCUGGCAAAGCAGCUGGUGUGUCGAUGGGCCAAGUGUAACCAGCUCUUUGAGCUCCUCCAAGACCUGGUUGACCAUGUCAAUGACCACCAUGUCAAGCCGGAACAGGAUGCUCGGUACUGCUGCCAUUGGGAGGGCUGUGCCCGCCACGGCCGUGGCUUCAAUGCCAGCAGGUACAAGAUGCUCAUCCACAUCCGGACUCAUACCAAUGAGAAGCCACACCGAUGCCCCACCUGCAACAAGAGCUUCUCCCGCCUGGAGAACCUGAAGAUCCACAACCGCUCCCACACAGGUGAGAAGCCCUACGUCUGCCCCUACGAGGGCUGCAACAAGCGUUACUCCAACUCGAGUGACCGGUUCAAGCACACCCGUACCCACUACGUAGACAAGCCCUACUACUGCAAGAUGCCUGGCUGCCACAAGCGCUACACGGACCCCAGCUCACUGCGCAAGCACAUCAAAGCCCAUGGCCACUUUGUGUCUCAGGAGCAGCAGGAGCUCCUACAGCUGCGCCCACCCCCGAAACCACCACUGCCCACUUCCGACAGUGGCUCCUAUGUCAGUGGAGCUCAGAUCAUCAUCCCCAACCCUGCUGCCCUUUUUGGAGGCCCCAGUCUACCUGGCCUGCCCUUACCCCUGGCCCCUGGUCCCCUUGACCUCAGUGCUCUGGCCUGUGGCAAUGGUGGGGGUGGGGGUGGGGGCAUGGGCCCUGGGCUGCCAGGCUCUGUUCUGCCCCUCAAUCUGGCCAAGAACCCGCUGUUGCCCUCACCCUUUGGGGCUGGUGGACUAGGCCUACCUGUGGUCUCUCUCCUGGGUGGUUCUGCUGGUAGCAAGGCUGAGGGGGAAAAAGGUCGUGGGUCACUGCCUGCCAGGGUCCUGGGCCUAGAGGACCAUAAGCCUCCCCUGGAAAGGAUGGAGCGCAGCCGCUCCCGGCCAAGCCCUGAUGGACUCCCCUUGCUACCGGGAACUGUACUGGACCUGUCCACAGGCAACUCAGCAGCCAGCAGUCCAGAGGCGCUAACUCCUGGCUGGGUGGUCAUCCCUCCAGGGUCUGUGCUGCUCAAACCAGCUGUGGUAAACUGAACCUGGGCUACCCAUCUACCAGCUGUGACAGCCCAGCUACCUACUGUGGGCUCAUCCCCUGACGAACAGAAACUAUUCUGCGAAAUAGCAAUAAUAUCCUACUGUUUCAGGGGCCCGAGUGUCUGCUUCCUGGGAAGCUGCAGCCCCAGACAAACUGGGUAGCAAGGAUGGUGCUAGCUAGGUCUUUGGUGGCUCCAGAGUGGAUGCCAAGGAGUUGUCCAAGGAGGCCAUGCUCUUGGAUGCUAAGGCCUCACUUGCCUCCAUUCCCUAGCACAUCAUUUGGGGGAGGCCUUCCUCUGCCUGUCCUCCAAGGACCCCUAGUCCUGCCUCUUGCUUUGGUACAUUCCUCUCUGUGAGCAGUCUGGGCAGGUUGUUAUUCCUCCCUGCCUUACCUACUUGUCAACUGAGAAGCCCUCAGUGAUCAUAAACCCAUGCUUGGGAAUUCCUUAGACUCCUUUCCCUCUGGCACACCCCCUGGAGGGAGAGCAAGACAGACACAGGCCAAGCUACAGGAAAAAGCUGCCUUUUCCUACCUACUGCUAUGACAAGGUGUUUCCCUGCUUACUUAGCAGAGAAGCCUGCUGCCAGUGCCCCUUUCUGCCUGCGUCAGUCAGCACUGCCAAAGGGUUGGCAACACUUUCUAUAGAAGCCUUUCCCUCCGGAGUGUACAGGCAGGUUCAAAGGAUCAUGGCACUGGUCCAGUCCAGCUUGGGUUGGCCUGGCAGGGUUAUCCUGCAGAAGCCUGGCUAUCCUGCAGUGUCUACACCAGUGGAUACCAGGCUUGGGAAGCAGCUACAGGUUUGGGGGUUACGAAGUCAUGGAAUGCAGGAAGAACUGAUUCAUCAGACUGGAGCUUUCUAGAAACCACGAACUGAAGCCCAUGGGUGUGAGAGAGGCUAGGUAGCCAAGAACAGCUCUUGGAGGACCAACUGCCUGCUAGGGAAAAGCUGGCUUGAGAGUGGACUGGACAUGUGACAAGGUUGUUUUCUUUGACUUUCCAGUUGAGUCCUUUUCUUGGUGGUGCCUCUUUUGCCCACAAGCUCUACCCAAGCCAGCUCCCCCAGGGCUUGUACUAUUCAGAAUAAGGUCUAGCAUUGAUGUAGGGCUAGAAAGCCAAGGACAUUGGAGGACUGUAGUCUACAGCUCCAGAAUGUGCCAGCUUGGGCUUCUUGCUGCCCCCCGUAUUAUGAUGCAGAGUGGCUAAGUUCCUCUCCCCAUCUGUACAACAGAAGAGUUGCUGGGGUCCUCAGUAGCCCUGUGGUUCCUCUGAGCAGCUUGCCUCUUUUUUCCAAGACUGCCCUUCUGUUUUAGAAGGGUUACCCUGACCUGACCUGCCCAACUGCUGGGCUUAGGACCCCAGCCCUGAUAGGGCUCGGCUGUGCUGGCUCUACCCCUUGAAGGGGCUGUGAGCAAGUUAAGGAGCUGGUCUCCUGUCUUCGGGUCUACCCAUGAUCCAAGCAGCCUCUUGGCUCCAUUAGGGCCCUAGGCCUUACUUAGGUCCCUGGCUGAGAACUGGGUUUGAGACUCAAGCCUGAGAGCAGAGGAACAGGGCACUGGAAGGUGACGUUAGCUCAGCAUGUGAUUCUGUGAUAGACCAGGCUUGGAAGGCCGGUGUACUUGUCAGUCUGUUGUUGCACAUUCCAGGACAUCAGUAUUUUAACAGGUUCUAAGUGCCUUUCUAUUGUAGCUUAUGUUUUUCCUCCUUUUGGCUCCAUUGCUGUUAGCAUAGAGUUUAAAAAAAAAAUAAGCUAAUGACUAUAACAAUUUAUUUCCUCCAUGUGAGAGGAAGUUUAUAAAGAAACAAUAAAAGUGAGUUGCAAAGAUGGUUUCUGCAUCUUAGAUGUGCCAGGAGCUGGGUCACUUGCUCUGUGCCUGGUUGUGGGCACCUCCUAAAGACCUGGCCUGGAGCUUUCCCCUCAACCUGCUACUCUAAGGAAGAGAUCAGAAGGCCCACCCACUUGGGACUACAAAGGGAAGACCUGGAAGGGUAGGUAGUAAGGAACAAUAAGAUACAGAUUAUCCUCAACUACAAGGCCCAGGCCUUGGUCCAAGCAAGAGGCUGGCCAAAGCCGCUUCCUGCUACACAUGAACAUUCUGACCAAGUCACUGAAAGCAGUAUGCAACUCCAGCUGGAGUUCUGAGGCUAGGGGUUCUUUAUCUUGAGGGAAGGCAUGGGCAGACCCUUGGUCUCCUCAGGACUGUGUGGUAGAACACACAGGAGGGAACAAAGCCUCUGACAGAUCCUGGCCAGGCUUCUAAAGUGGGUAUGUGGCUGGGCGGUGGUGGCGCACGCCUUUAAUCCCAGCACUCGGGAGGCAGAGGCAGGCGGAUCUCUGUGAGUUCGAGACCAGCCUGGUCUACAAGAGCUAGUUCCAGGACAGGCUCCAAAACCACAGAGAAACCCUGUCUCGAAAAAACCCCCCCCAAAAAAAUAAAUAAAGUGGGUAUGUGGCUGUUUCCCAACAUCCCACCCACCAGGCUGUCAAAGCUGCUGCUGCCCCCUGACUCUUUCACAGCCACAAAUAGGAAGUGAGCGACCUUCUCAAAUAGGAAUAUAAGCACCGGAGAAACAUGGAAAAGACAUUUAUUACCAAGCUAUAAAUUAUGAGGCAAUGGGUGGGGUGGGGUGUGCCCAGCAGUCACGUUUUGGGCAUCUGCCCUUUCUUUUUGUCUUCCUGGGCUUGUAUUCGGAGUUCCUCAUCUAGGCGUUCCUUUGCACGGACAACCUAGGAGGAGGAAGAUCAGGCUCUGGCAAUCUCUGCUCUUUGCCUGAACCAAGGGCCUUUUCCCAGGCCCUAACAACCUCCCUAGAGGACAGCAGACUACCAAGAUUCAAACAACUUAAGUAGCACUCUAAGGUGGAAGGGGAAGCCUAUGGCUUCCUUUCCUCAUAGAGUUAAAAGCACUCACCUUUGACUGCAAGUAGAAGGAGCCACCCACGGAUUUAUCGUUCACUUUAAAUAGGUGUUCAUAAUUCUGCGGAGAUGAGACAGUGAACAUCAGGGAAGGCUGAUGGCAAGAGAAGUUAAAGGGCCUGACCUCUAACCCACAUGUCAUGUAGGAAACUGCUGUGUCCAAAGGAUACAGGUAACCCUGUGGGGAUGGCUCAGCUGCUACAGCUAGCUGUGUCUCUACUUACACAGCCAGUCUCUCACUGGCUGUGGUCAGAGCUUCCACACCCACCCUCCUCUGACUGCCCAUGCAACACAGUCCCAUGACCCAUGAGAGGCCUCACCUUCUGGACCUCCUCAGGGUUCAGCUUGGAGAUGUUGAGAAUCUGCUGGGCCUCCUGGAGGCUGAGGCCAGAGAGGUUGGAUGCGGCUGCAGACUGGUGCCCAGCACGACCCCGAGCAUCAGCAGCUGCCUGGCUUGCUGUGGAUACAUGGGUGACUGCUUAGCCCCCUCGGUGGCCCAGAGCUUCCCCCAGGCCUUCUAAGUGACAUUAAAUAAACAUUUCUCCCAGGAGCCGCUUUUCUUUAGUACUGGCUUCUUUUUGGAGGGGAGAGGCAAACAUUCCACACUGAAGGGUAAGAUGGGGUCAAAUUAGGCUCUUGGUCCCCCAAUCUAGACCACAAGAUGACCUUGUCCCCUCUCCUCCCCCCCGUUCCUUGUCCCAGAGGCCUAGCAAAUUUGAGAGCUUUAAGCUACUUUGGGGACUAUGGUAAAACUAAGGGAGGAACAGUAGCUGGUGUCAGAGCCCCCACAACUGGCCUAGCCAGUACCCAGACCACCUGGAGGACUGCUUUCCUUUGGUGACCUUACAAUCAAAAGCCAGCAAACUUUCUCUUCAGAUGCCAGAUAAUAA